AUGUCUUCUCUCGCCUGGAACGGACUCACCUUUGGUGUAGAACUCGAAUUCAUGGCUGCUCCUCCCGAACGAGCCCACUGGAAACUAUACACCCCAACGGCAGCAGCACGCUCCAAUAUCUCCAAGUUGCUCACCCAGCACACUACUCUUCCCAUUGCCUGUGAGUGCAGCCACCUCACCAACGAGGCUUGCGCCGUCUGUGCUGACAUUCCUGACAGGUACAAGGCAGGUCGUAUAUGCUACAUCCAGCCUGGAGCAAGCGCUGAGUCUAUGGCCGCGGAUUCCUGCUUUCUCUUCAAGUACGAAUUCCUCGAAUGCGUCAAGGGUCUCAACGCACAGCGCUGCUGGCCUGGCGUAGAGAUGUGUACCCCUGUUCUCGGCCAAGCUGAGUUAGCUUCCGGUCUUCCUACCGUCAAGACACUCCUUUCGGCUCUCCGAAAGACGGGUGCUUUGAUCACUGCUGAUGACAGCUGCGGCAUGCACGUCCACGUUGGCGUCGAAGGAGGCAUGACAGUUUAUCUCGCAAAGAGAAUCACGACACUCGUCAUUCUUCUCGAGAACACUCUCAUUCUUCGUCUCGUUGCGCCAUGCCGAUGGACAAGCCAGUAUGCUAGCCCCAUUUGCGAAGACUCACAGGCUGCGAAAAAGGAAGCCCUCAACAUCGACGAAGCUGACACGUCAGCUUUCGAGAAGCACGUGCCUUCACAAUCGAGCAUGCGCCCGAGUAACUGGAACAACAAUGAUCCCAAGAUGUACUACAGAAUGCUUCGUGGCAUCUGGUCCUGCGAAGACCUGAGUUCUCUCGCAAUGGAACUUCGAAAGGGAGGUAUCAGCCGCUGCGGCCUUGCAAUCGCGUUGCGCAAUACUGAUGGUCGUCGCAAUAAACUCUUCAUCCGAGACAAAUAUGAAGGGACACCCACAACUGUUGAGUUCCGCUACUCGCAGAUGACAUUUGACCAUGUCCUUCUCCGCAACUGGGUCGAAGUUGUGGCGCGCAUCGUGGAUCUUGCGCGAGCCGAAGACGAAGAGUUCAAGAAGAUUGUCGAGACGAUUAUCGAUCUGAACUAUGAGGCCGGUGUACAACAUACUUCUGCUUGGAAGGCUUUGUUGGAACGCGUUUUCGGACUGGAGCAUCGUAUUCCUGAAUGGGAUGCUCAGCUGGACAAAUUCAAGCAAAGUGAGUACAUUUCUCUCUUGAAUGAGAGGCUUCUUCUCCGGCCGGAGUAG